CAACCGAGACCGGACAGAGCUAGCUCGCCCGCAUUGCCGUAUUCGUCUACCAGCGUGUCAGGUCUAUUCGGCGAGCCAUUUAGGGAACGCACAUUCGGGGUCAAAGUGUCCCGUCAUCGACUUCGCGAGCCGCGAAAGAGUUUCGAUUUCCACGGUCGUCACUUUGUUGGAGGAAUCGCCGCACAGACAUCCACAUCGUCGAUUUGGAGAACAGUUUUCCCGCGCUCGGCACGAAGUCCGCUUUCACCUGUUAAACGCAACUCUCCCUCUCUCUCUCUUUCUCUUUCUUUCGGCGUGACCUGUUUGCACAAAUCCCACGGUACAAAUGAUGAAAGGGCGUCAUCAGUUUCGCCGUCGCUUCAGCUUACAACCUUCCGCGCACUUGAAAGAAGGACAAGAGGAUGUACCGCCGAAGAGUACCAGAAAUGAAAGAUUGACGGAAUCGGACAGUGGUGGUGGCGGUGGCAAGUCAUCCGAGAGCUCGAUUCGGCACAAAAUCGUGGUGAUGGGCGCAGCGAAAGUCGGCAAGUCAGCAAUAAUUAACCAGUUCCUUUACAGCACCUUCAGCCCGAAGUACAAGCGGACCGUUGAGGAAAUGCAUCACGGAGAUUUCAAUGUUUCCGGGAUUCAGUUGACUCUCGAUAUUCUCGAUACAUCCGGCUCGUACGAGUUCCCGGCGAUGAGAGAUCUUUCCAUCAAAUCGGCCGAUGCCUUCGUUCUGGUUUACGACGUUAACGACUCUAACACGUUUCUCGAGGUGAAAACCCUUCGAGCCCAGAUACUCAGCACGAAAGGAGCCGUCCCAAUUGUGGUUGUUGGUAACAAGAUCGAUCUCGUAGAGACGGAACAAGAGGUGGAAACCGAGAGCACGAGAGAGCUCGUAACUGCGAAAUGGGAGAAUGGUUUUGUGGAAGUGUCUGCGAAGGAAAACCUAAACAUCUCUCAAGUGUUUAAGGAGCUUCUCAUCCAAGCUAAGCUAAAGUAUAAUCUGAGCCCGGCGCUUCAACGUCGCCGUCGGCAAUCUCUGCCACCUCCGCAGCAUAUCAACUCGCGGAGCAGCAGCAGUACCCAUGUGCCGUCCCCAGCUCAGUUGCAACAUCUGCAACAAAUUCGCGAGCGCUCUGAUUCCAAAAGGAACUCCUGCAUUCUGUCGUAAAAAGCGAGAACUCUUCGGCAUUGCCGCGCGCGAGAAAUUCUUCUUGAGUCGAUAUCAAAUCAGUUGGUACGCGUCUAGUUCCAAAAUUAUUCAAUUGUUACAUGGCAGGCGGUUAAUUAACCUUAUUUGCAGAUAUGAUAUAGACUUUGAAUAUUCGAUUACGCAGAAUUUAAACAUAACAUGCGCGAAUCCGCGAAAAACGUCACAACAAUUCCCUAUUCAUCCGUAAAGUAUGAAUUAUGAAAUGUUUAAGCGAAGCCACUGGAACACACUUAUUCACACAGAAAAGUUUUGCUCUCUCUCUCUCUCUCUCUCUCUCUCUCUCUUUGGUGUCAUUGCUUUCAUUUAUGGACCUUCUGUACGAGCAAUUAAACUUUAACGAGAAACACACAAACAUGUUGUAUGUUAUAUAAAAAUAGAGAUAUUAUUGUAAAUCGGAUAAAAUAAGAUGGAUAUUGCUGAACCAUAGGUUACACAAAAAUUACUAAAUCUUCUAAUAUCAUAUCUAUAAUUUCAUAUCUUCUAAUUAAAAAAAAAUCUUAAAUUUGUGAUAUUUAGAAUUUUGGAAAUUUUCGAUUUUUAUCGGUAUUUUUUUUUUCGUUUAUACGAGAGAUACGUGUUAUAAAAUCUUCUAUCUUUUUCUUUGAUGUAUGUAAAAAGAAUCUUGUCUUAUACAGGAAAUAGUUUAGAAGAGUAAUAUUUUAAACACUUGAAUAUAAAUGUUAUAUAAAGUGUAAGUACGUCAAGUUUAUUUCGUUUAAUUUGCACGAGUAUUACCGCAAAUUUAACGGAAACAACGUGUAUAAAUCAUCUGACGAGAUAACAGCAAUGUAAGUAACAAAAAUAAGUACCAAGUCUCCCUCUAAAUUUCGUAAGCACUUCUUUUGACAUUGUGAUAACUAUUCCAUUUGGACAAUGAGAACAAUUUCAAAGUGGCAAUUUUUAUUAUCACGCGAAUAAACCACCAUUUGAUGACUCGUCAAAGAAGAAUAUUUCAUAUAUGUAGAUAUAGAGAUUCUAUUAGUAAAUCUUACAAGCAAUUUCUCUCUAUUCGUUGCGAAAUGGAUUGGUAAUACUUAUGAUAGUAGAUCGAUUAGAAAAAUUGUAUUGUCAAAAAUUAAAAUGAUCUUUGUAUUGACAUAAGGCGAAAAAAUUUAUGAAAUUUUUCGAAAGAUGGUGCUAACUUCCAAGACGUAGAAUUCUAAGUAUAUGAGAAUUUUGUUACUAUGCUAUUUGCAUUAAGGAUAUAUUAACAAAAGUAUAUAAUAAUAUAAUGUGAAAUGCGAUCUUUCUUCCAUAUUGUCUUUUGACUGCGAUCGGAACAAUGCGAUGUAACAAAAAUGAACCAACAGUUGCUCGUCUACCGGGUUUAUAUAACAAUAAUAAUAAUUCCGAAUUAUAUAUAUAAUUACAUAGUUUUAUUAUUAUAUAUAAAUUCUAAUAUCGUAUUUCAGGGUUACUUCACACUGCCCGGUCUUUUAUUAUCAUGAAUUACGUAUGUAUUCGCAUAUAAAAGUUCAAAAAGUUAACGAGACCCUAUCAACUAGUUAUACAUAAAUGAUAAGAAUUGGUUUUCUUCUCCUUAUAAUGUGUAUGGAUAUAUAUUUUGUUAAGGAUUUAUUACAGAUAUAUAUCUAUGCUGAAUCUAUGCCUAUUUCCUUGCAAUAUCACGAGGGCGAUAACAAAAAAGGAAGAGGGAACGAGAGAAAAUGUCGCAGCAUUACGCACGAUCAAAUAGAUAUAUAAAUCUUUGCGUAUUUAUACAAUGUGAUGUGAAUCAAGUUCUUCUAUUAGUGACUUAAAAAAAAAUGUUCUAUCUAUAGUGGAACGUUAGGUGUUUCGCAUAUUUUUAGAUUUAGCAUGCAAGAUACAAAAUACGAAAUAAAUGCAAAAGUCUGUACCUCGAAUUCAUGUGUCGAACAAAAAUCUGUAUCAUAUUUCAUGUGUCGAUAAUGAUUAUAAUAGCAAGAUGUUUGUUCUGAGCUCCAGUUCAUACUAGAAAGAAAGUUUAAUGUAAAUACUGUCCAUAUUAUAUAUCUUAUUUUCGAAAUAGAGCAUUGUAAAACAAACAUUUCUUUUUAAAUGUAUAUUCGACAAAUAUGGAAAUCUAUAUAUAAGUAUAUCUUAUAAAUUAAACAUGUCGAUUGUCUUAAAUUGAAUGUGUGAAAAUUAUUAGUAAUCUGCUAGAUGCUAGAAACUAAUAUUUGUACAGUAUAUUUUUAAGUUUCAUGAAAUACCAUCAAGACCGUACAAGAUACCAAUUAUGUUUGCUAAUGCACAUUUAAAUACAUUUAGUUAGUACAAAUUUACAAUAUAUGGACAGAUUUAUCCUAUAGUUAUUUUUUUAUGCACAGAUAAAAUACGACAAAUUCUAACAAUGUUUCUUAGAAAUUUUCAUUAAUUGAUGCUUAUUUUGUAAAUAGAUUAAAGAUUUUAUUAUACAUCUUCUUUAUCGAAAGUUGUAAUAAAUAUUGCGGUAAUAAUGAGAACAUUAAUGUAUAAAUUUACGAAAUAACGUUUAAUUUUUAACACAUUAAAAUGUUCUUUGUUGUUAUUAUUAUUUAAUAAAAUUGUGUAAUAUCAUUACGAUUUAAAGUUAUCAUUAUACAUCUUUAUUAUUAAGAUAAAAUAAUAAGAAAAAUCUAUAUAACUUAUUUAUGUGGAUGCAAUAUAGCGAAGCAUUAUUGCACCUUACAUCUUAUUAAAAGUAUUAAUUCUAUGUAAAUACUAUAAUAUUAUAUAUCUUGUUAUCUUUAAAUCUUAUUGAAUUUAAUUUUACGCAAUUGUACACCAUUAAAACACUUUAGUAUAAUAUUUGUAAUAAAUUGCAAAUAUGUGUAUGCUAUUGACCUGAUGUUCAGUAUUAAAAAAAAACAAUAGUUUAUCUCAACUAAUUUGUCUGAAAUUAUGUGGAAAGUUAUAAUUUUGUGAAAAUAAUUUUUAUUUGAAAAAAAUGUAAAUAUACGUUUCACUUAAGUACUGUACAUUUCUCUUCAUAAUACGGGAGUUUGUCAUUAACAUAAAUAUUGGUAAUUAUAUAAGAAACAUGGUGUUAACGUGUGAAUGUUAAGAAUAUUCUUACAUAAUCUGUGCGCAAUUCUCCCACGACGGCAUAGAAAAAAUAUAUAAAUUAGAAAAAUGUAUCGAUAUAAUGUAUAAGUAAACUGAGAGUAAAGCUGAUUUAUUUUAUAAAUACAAUAAUACACGACUGCAGCCUUUCCCUCCGUCUAUAAAAAAUAAGUAGCAACAAAUGUUGGUUGCUUUGACUUUGUAUCAUUUUGGGUUAUUGCAAAUUAAUAAAUAAAAUGUGCAGUAUUA